AUGGAUUCGAGAUCUAUUUUGGACAAGCCGGUGGUGGGGACACGGCUCGCCAGUGCGGACUUCGGUUGCCGAGCGACCCGCUCGGUGCUCCGCGACAGUCGGCUGGAGAAAAGCGGCGGAGGCUUGCGGGCGGGGGCGACCACCAACGGGACCGUCCUUUUCAAAUGUCUGCUAGACGGGCAGCCGGCGUUGACCGCGGAGAACGCCUCUCCUGAAGGGAACGGACGAAUAUUGCACGACGGGGGGAAAACUGGCCUGGGUGAACACAGAGACACUGGUUGCACUGCAAACCUGAAGAGGACCAGUCCCACACACUGCCCGGGCACAAAUGGGCAAACACCAGGCAGCUUCAUACACUUGGACAUCAGGAGUCAAGAGAGACAGACGGAAAUGCCCAUCAGCUUCAUGCCAGCACAAGGACAGAAUGUACCACAGAUGGAAAAACAGCCGCUUCCUUCCUCUCAUAUCCCUGUCCCCAGAAACAGGAAGCCCUCAGGUCAUGCUGAUAAAGAAGUGAUGGCCGCUGCCGUCCUGACAUCGCUGUCCACGUCCCCGCUGGUGCUCUGCCCGUCCUCCACGCCAACAGCUUCAGUUCCAGAGCCAGCGAUUCGGGCUUGGAAGGAGGCGCUGUCAGCCAGCUACAGCAGCUCCACCAGUGGCAACUGGAGCUGGGACGCCAGCGACCAAUCGGUGCCCUCCACACCAUCCCCACCUCUGUCCAACGACACCAGCAAGGGUUUCCUGCUCUCGUCCCAAGGAGAUGAUGUCACUGAGGACGUCGCAGAAAGCACGCACUUCAUGUUUGAGGACCCCAUACCUCGGAAACGGAAGAACUCCAUGAAGGUGAUGUUUAAGUGCUUGUGGAAGAACUGCGAAAAGGUCCUCAGCACCUCCUCAGGAAUACAGCGGCACAUUCGCACCGUCCACCUGGGCCGUAACAGCGACUCGGACUAUAGUGACGGAGAGGAGGACUUCUAUUACUCCGAGAUCGAGGUCAACAUGGACAGCCUGACAGAGGGCUUGUCCAGCCUCACGCCCACCUCGCCCACCACGGCUGGCCCCCCGCCCAUUUUCCCCCCGCCGCUCACCGAUGUCCCUCAUUCGGAGCACAUCAAUAUGAAUGCGGCGCAGAGCCACGGCCCAACACUGCUCAGCCAGUCGGCUCCCUCCACACUCUGCCACAUUCGCACUGACCAUGCCUACCAGGGCCCUGCUGUGACUCAUGUUCGCACAGUUUGCAUCGGGGAAAAGCGGCAGCCGGCUUCCAACACAAGUGGCACUGUUAACAAGAACCACGCUUUAAUAACGCCAACACCUAAAUCAGCGCCGGGAAACAGGAAACCCCGUGGAGAGGCCAAGAAGUGCCGAAAGGUGUACGGCAUGGAGAAAAAAGAGAUGUGGUGUACGGCCUGUCGCUGGAAGAAGGCCUGUCAGAGAUUCACGGAUUAA